AUGUCGCCAAGACCGAUCCUUAAACAAUGUCCACAGCGACAAGAUGCAUUCCCAUUCUCUGCACAUCCGACGGCUUCCCCACCGCGCCGUGUUCACUUCCCACCAACGCCAACUCUUACCUCUACGUAUGCUGCUUACUCGUCGGCUGCGUAUGAUCGGUCGCCCGUCUCAGUCCCUGCCAAUCAAUGUGCACUGCCUGGGCGCCAUGAGCGGGAAUUCGCCUGCAGCGAUGACAGUCGGUCAUAUCAAAUGGCCGAGAUAAAAGGAAGCUAUUUUCACCCUCGUGCAUACGAGGCGUGUACCACGGAGCCAUCAGGUCACACCUAUCCAUAUUUCGUGCUCUCAUCUGCUUACCCCUGA